AUGGACUCUAAACAAUUUCGGGAGGCGGCUAUAUCGUCUAUUGACGACAUCGUCAAAUACUACGACACCAUCGAAGAGCGCCGUGUCGUUUCAAACGUCGAGCCGGGUUAUCUGAGAAAACUACUGCCCGAAGAGGCCCCUCAGAAUGGAGAGGCUUGGGCUGAUAUCCAGAAAGAUCUCGAGUCCAAGAUCCUCCCCGGCAUAACACAUUGGCAGUCACCCAACUUCCUGGCAUGGUUCCCCUCUUCCAGUAGCUUUCCGGCUAUGCUUGGCGAGAUGUAUUCUGCCGCAUUCACCGGUGCUGCUUUCAACUGGAUCUGCUCACCCGCCGUCACUGAGCUUGAGACUAUCGUGCUUGAUUGGCUAGCUAAGGCUUUUGGCUUACCAUCUUGCUACCUCUCUACUGGACCUACUAACGGUGGCGGCGUCAUCCACGGAACCGCUUCUGAGGCUAUCGCCACUGUAUUAGUAGCUGCUCGUGAUAAGUACCUGCAUGAGGCUACGGCGCAUAUCACCGAUGAGGAAGAACGGGAGGAUGCCAUUGCUAUCCGCCGCAGCAAGCUCGUAGCCCUUGGUAGCGCCGCCACCCACAGCGCUACUAAGAAGGGCGCACAGAUUGCCGGCGUUAGGUUCCGCGCCGUCCCCGUACACGCAGCGGAUGGCUACCGGAUGACAGGCGCCGAGCUGCGCCGGGUCGUCUUAGAACUACGUGCCAAGGGCCUCGAGCCCUUCUACCUGACUGCCACCCUUGGAACCACUGAUACGUGUGGGAUUGACGACAUGGAGGGUAUCGCGUCUGUUUUAGAAGAGCUAGCGCCUGCAGGCCCAGGGGAGAUUUGGGUGCACGUUGACGCAGCGUACGCAGGAGCCUCGUUAAUCUGCCCCGAGUACCAGUAUCUUACGAAGCCCUUCGACCGCUUCCACAGCUACAACACAAACUUGCAUAAGUGGUUGUUAGUAAACUUUGAUUGCAGCACUGUGUGGGUGCGCGACCGCAAGCAUCUGACAGACGCCCUGAGCGUUUCACUACCGAUCUUACAAAACCAGCACACAGACUCCGGCCUCGUAACUGAUUACCGCGACUGGCAGAUCCCGUUCGGGCGGCGGUUCCGGUCCCUCAAGGUCUGGUUCGUGAUACGCACAUAUGGCAUCGAGGGUCUACGCGCACACAUCCGGAAGCACAUCAAGCUUGCCGAGACGUUCGGAGAGCUCGUCAAGACGCGGCCGGACCUUUUUGAGAUCGUGACGGGCCCGCGAUUUGCACUAACGGUGUUUAAGUUGGUGAAGAAGGAGUCGACGCCAGAGGAGCAGAACGAACUCACCAAGAAGAUGUACGACGCCGUGGUGGAGGAGGGCCGGAUCUUCCUGUCGAGCACCGUUGUCGGCGGCGUGUUCGCCAUCCGGCAUAACCCUGCCACGCCUUUGGUAGAGGAGCAUCACGUUCGGAAGCAUUUCGAAGUCCUAGUUGAGGUAGCUGAGAAGACACUUGCUUAG